GCGCGGGGUGGGCGCGGCCGACCCGGUCCCCGACCCGGCCCGCGACCCCUGGCCUUUCGCGCGCCCCGCACCCGCUUGCCAGGCGGCGGACGGAGUAUCGCUCUCUUCGUCCGUCCGCUUGCCGGAGUUCUCUAGAUCGGCAGCCGCCGGACGGACGAACAGACAGGCAGACGCCGGAGACCCCUCCCGGGUUGAGGCUCGUGGGCCGGCCGGCCAUCCGCGCCGCGGCAUCCUCGCCAUGUCCUCGGCCCGCGACGCCCGCGGUCAGUUUCCCCUGCACCUCCUGGUCUGGAACAACGACUACCGGCAGCUGGAGAAGGAGCUGCGGGACCAGAAUGUGGAGGCUCUGGAUCCUCGAGGUCGAACAUUAUUGCACCUUGCAGUUUCUUUGGGACAUUUGGAAUCUGCUCGGGUCUUGCUCCGACAUAAAGCAGAUGUGACCAAAGAAAAUGGCCAGGGAUGGACAGUCUUACAUGAGGCUGUGAGCACUGGCGAUCCUGAGAUGGUAUACACAGUUCUUCAACAUCGAGACUACCAUAACACAUCCAUGGCCCUUGAAGGAGUUCCUGAGCUGCUACAUAAAAUUCUUGAGGCGCCAGAUUUCUAUGUACAGAUGAAGUGGGAAUUUACCAGCUGGGUGCCCUUGGUUUCCAGAAUAUGCCCAAAUGAUGUCUGUCGUAUAUGGAAAAGUGGUGCCAAACUACGUGUUGAUAUCACAUUGCUGGGAUUUGAGAACAUGAGCUGGAUAAGAGGGAGACGUAGUUUUAUAUUUAAAGGAGAAGACAACUGGGCAGAGUUGAUGGAAGUCAACCACGAUGACAAAGUGGUCACCACUGAACACUUUGAUCUUUCCCAAGAGAUGGAGCGUCUCACUCUGGACUUGAUGAAGCCGAAAAGCAGGGAAGUUGAAAGGCGGCUCACAAGUCCAGUUAUCAAUACCAGCCUUGAUACUAAAAACAUUGCUUUCGAAAGAACUAAAUCCGGAUUCUGGGGCUGGAGGACAGAUAAAGCAGAAGUUGUUAAUGGUUACGAAGCAAAGGUUUACACAGUAAAUAAUGUGAGUGUGAUAACCAAAAUACGCACAGAGCAUUUGACGGAGGAAGAAAAAAAGAGAUAUAAAGCGGACAGGAACCCUUUAGAAUCCCUGCUGGGUACUGUGGAACAUCAGUUUGGUGCUCAAGGGGACCUCACUACAGAGUGUGCCACCGCAAACAACCCCACGGCCAUCACACCUGACCAGUACUUUGAUGAAGACUUUGAUCUGAAAGACAGGGACAUCGGAAGGCCAAAAGAGCUGACAAUUAGAACUCAAAAGUUUAAAGCUACACUGUGGAUGUGUGAAGAGUUUCCCCUCUCCCUUGUGGAGCAAGUCAUUCCCAUUAUUGACCUCAUGGCUCGAACUAGCGCUCAUUUUGCAAGACUAAGAGAUUUCAUCAAAUUGGAAUUCCCGCCUGGAUUUCCUGUCAAAAUAGAAAUUCCCUUAUUUCAUGUCUUAAAUGCACGGAUUACAUUUGGAAAUGUUAAUGGCUGCAGCACUGCUGAAGAAAGUCAAAAUGUAGAAGGGACCCAGGCUGAUUCAGCUUCCCAGGUUACAAACUUUGAGGUUGAUCAAUCUGUAUUUGAAAUUCCUGAAUCUUAUCAUGUUCAAGACAAUGGCAGAAAUGUGCACUUACAAGACGAAGAUUAUGAAAUCAUGCAGUUUGCCAUUCAACAGAGCUUGCUGGAGUCCAGCAGGAGCCAGGAACUUUCAGGACCAGCUUCAAAUGGAGGGAUCAGCCCAACACACAGCUAUGAGGCCCAGUAUGAGAGGGCCAUCCAGGAGAGUCUCCUCACCAACAUGGAAGGCCUGUGCCCAGGUGCCCUGAAUGAGUCCAGCCGUUUUGACAGCGACUUGCAGUUGGCCAUGGAGCUCUCGGCCAAAGAGCUGGAAGAGCGGGAACUCCGUCUCCAGGAGGAGGAGGCUGAGCUCCAGCAAGUCUUACAGCUGUCACUCACUGAGAAAUAGAUCUUUCUGUCCGCACGGGCCAUGCACCAAGGCUCUGGGCUGCACAUGAGUGCUGUGUCCGCUGCCAGGCCCCAGGCCUGAGGGCCUCCACUUCGUGUAGAUGGCAGCUGCCCCUUCUUUCCACAGAGGUGCAGGACCAGUGACUCCCCGGCCCUGUAGGUGCCCCUGGAGUGGAAAGAGGGCCUGGCAGCCCAGCUCCAGGCCAUGAGGAGGACAGCACCGCCACUUUCCAUUAGCUGUAUUGGCUUGCAGGUCACAUUUUUACUACCAGCUUUAGACAAACCCCAAUUCGUGCAGGGUUCUAGAUACAUUUCUACCCCAGAGUGAUAACAUUAUUGCUAAGUCAGGGUGCUUUUAUAUAGGAGAGCAGCAGCCUUUGUAGAGUGGCUUAUGAGAAUUGGACACCUUCUUUAGUGUUCACCAAAGAAAUGGGUUGUGCCGAUCUACUCUUUAUUUUUACCUUUCUAUAGGGUUUCUAGGAAGUUGCCAUCAUUCCUCUCCAUUUCCACCUUAUUCCAUACCUUCCAGCCCCCACCCCUUCUACCCCCUCCUCACACCCUAGCUAAAGUUAAAGAGGAGAUAUGUACAGGAUCUAUUUUAGAUUAUGCUUAACUAUUUGCAUCAAAUGAAGAUGAAUGACCACGGAUGUUGCCUUAGCCUUAAAACUUACUAAUAGUUUCAAACCACCUCACUCCAUGUGUUGAGGGAUCUGGAUUGUCUUUGAGAAGGCAGCUCCUUUGAGAGCAGGCUCCUCCAGGCAAAACCCAAGGCAGCUAAUCCUGUCCCUGGCGGGAUAGAGAGGGGAACCCAGGGCUGUUGCCAACACAAAUGUGUUGCCUGUUGCAGGGAGGCCUAGGAGGCACCAGCUGCAAAUCCGACUUGCAAUUUGGCAGGAAAGGAUGGGUUUGAGAUGAGAUGUGAACACGGAGCAUGAUGGCUCCUCAAAAGGGAAAGUGAUGAUUCCACAUUGCUUUUGAGAGUUCAAAACAACAUCUUUCUGGAUAAAUCUAUUUUUUAACAGAAUCUUUUUAUUAUUUUUAAAGAUAAAAAUGACUACUCCCAUCAGUAGCAAUACAAGGUUAUACAUUUUAACCAGAUUUUUCUCAGGCCUCUUUUGGAUACUUUUAGUAGUUAACUAUUUUGUCUAGCUCUCCUGUAAAUAUCCAUCACAUAACACACAGACCCUGGGGAAUACGGCCGACCAUUCUCCCAGGCUGCACUGAAAUCACCCGGUAAACUGUAUCCUCCUUUGUUUUGCGUCUGUUUCCUAUUGCGCUUCUUUUGGGAUAGGAAGAGAAACACAAACUCCUAUUCUAGUUGAUGUCUGAAUCAUACAGUGAACGUUGCCAGUUAUGUUCCUAGACACAAAGAAUUGUGCUUUUAAUGCCCGAUAGCCAUCUGCCUUUUUUGUCAUGCUCUGACCAAAAACUUUGCACACAAGGCCAGUAGAGGUGACAUCACACUCAUUCCUUACACAGCGGCGUUUACAAUGAGCCAAGUUCUUGGGAAUGACUGCGGUUAUUUUACGUGUUGUUUACUCACUAAGGCAAAUCAUAGGGAAUUUCUAUGUUUGCAUUCCAUUGCUCUGCUUCCUGACUUCUUUGACUUUAUCCCCAAGGAGUCACUUAAAAAGGGACUGAGCAUUGUGUCAACCUGUUUUUCAUGUUCCCUCAAAAUGCAAAUAAAGCUUGCUUCAAUAGAGGGUGCUCAUACACUGGA